CAGAUCACGUGGUUCGAAUUGAUCAUUUUUUGGAUUGAGGUUAAAAAGGAUAUAAACCGGGUAAAUUGAGUUAUCCGAGUCAAUAACGUUUCACUCAGCAAAUAUUCUUUUACAUCUCAAAAUAAUUAACCAAAAUCUCAUGAAAUUUUGUUACCUGUGCUGAAAGGCCGGCAAAUAAACCGGUUACGACUGUACCAUUUUUCAAAAUGAUUUCCAGUAAAAUAAUUCGUUACGUGCACACAAACAAUGUUCUUUGGCAAGCGUCAAAUAAAUCGCUUCUUGGAAAACUUCGCAAAAGGACUGGAUAUACAUUUUCUAAUUGUAAAAAGGCAUUGGAAUUGCACCAGAAUGAUUUAGAUAAGGCUGAAAUUUGGCUAAAAGAACAAGCCCAAGCUCUAGGCUGGUCCAAAGCAGAAAAGUUGCAAGGUAGAAGUACAACCCAAGGCCUGAUAGCAGUAAUCGUAGACAAAUGUCAUGGGGCUCUCGUGGAAAUAAACUGCGAGACAGACUUUGUUGCACGAAAUAAACAAUUUCACGGAUUAGCAGACACCAUAGCCACAGCAGUUUUCCAACACGCUUUAACCCUCCCGAACGAUAAAGCCAUCAGCAAAAUCAUUUUGGAUGCCGAGGCACUCAAAACUAUUCUAGCACACGAUGGUAAAACCAUCGCUGAUCAUUCUGCAUUGACCAUUGGUACUGUGGGCGAAAAUAUCGGUGUCAGAAGAGCUCUGUGCAUGAGUGUUAGUCCAGAUGUGAAAUUGGCUGGUUGCACUCAUCCAGCUCCCAUUAAUCCAGUUCCAGCUUCCUUUGGGAGGUAUGGUUCUCUGGUAGCUUACAGAACUGCACAGCACAAUGAGCAACUUGGAAUGCAGCUAUGUCAACAUAUUAUUGGUAUGAAUCCUACCAAAAUUGGUGAUCCAAAUGUGGAUCAGCCAAUUAAAAGUGUAGAUGAUGAGAGCGUAAUGAUAUACCAGGAAUUUCUUCUCGAUCCCAGCUUGACUGUUCAGCAACUUCUGAUCGAUUCACAAGCGGAAAUAUUAGAUUUCGCUCGGUUCGAAAUGGGAGAGUUGAGCGAGGAAAAAGAACAAUUGAAAGCAGCUGAGACUUGUGGAUAAGCCAAAUUCGACUACAUGCUUUGAGUAAACUUUUUUUAUCUCUUGCAUAAUUGAGAAGAUGUUUUCAAAGUCUGAUAUAAUUAUUACCAUAUAAAAUAAGGUAUAAUUAUUAUGAACUUAAUCAGUUGAAACUAAGAGAUUGUAUUUUAAUGUGACUCAAAAUCUGUACUAAUUAUAGAAUAUUCAUCUUUUUUAAAUGACAAUUAUUCUUAUCGAAGGCGAAAUUUGCAUUUAAAAAUAACAUGAGAUUUGACAAUAGAUUUAUUUAUUUAUUCUUGAUCUAUUAAAAAAAACAGCAUUUUUUGUAUCUGUGCUGAAGAUGCGUCAUGCAAAUUUUGUACAAAGUAUGCUUUUUUGAAAGAAAGAAACAAGGCUGGAUCGUUAUGUAAUUUAAUGUGGUUAUAGAUUGAAAUAAUAAAAAUUCUGUUAAAAUUA